AUGGGAGACAACAACGAUAGCAACAACAAUGAUUCGAUUGUCCAACAGAAAAAAGUGUUGCGAAAACAAGUCCGCUCCAAACUCAAAGCAUUGACCAAGGAAACCAUUCAAGAACAGAGCAUCAAAGUGUGGGAUCGCCUCUUUCAACUGCCACAAUAUCAAACGGCAAAGUCCGUCGGACUCUUUCUCUCCAUGCCCAAGGGCGAAAUCGAUACCGAUCCGGCAUUGAAACAUGCCAUGGAACACAACAAAACAAUAUACGUGCCGGAAGUGGGCAAGAAUUUUGAAUUGGCCGAUAUGGAGUUGCUGCAAGUGAUCGUCAACAAGGAAGAAAAAGAAAAAGAUAAAGAAGGAGAGCCAAAGGAAAGCAAGGAAGAACCACCAGUCAAAAAGCCGCGUCUUGACGAAGAAGAAAAAGAACCAUCCACAACGACGACGACGACGACGACAACUAGCCAGGAUCUAUUCCACAAGAAUUGGCCACGCAACAAAUGGGGCAUCCCAGAGCCUCCAGCAGACAUGCCGAUUGUCACGGCCAAACCCGGCGAUAUUGAUUUGUUGGUGGUUCCCGGACUAGCAUUUGAUCGCAACGGAGAUCGAUUGGGUCAAGGCAAGGGAUACUACGAUCGAUUCAUUGAACGCAUGUGCCAGGGUGACCAAAAGGGGCCGUAUUUGGUGGCGGUGGGGUUACAAGCACAAGUCGUGGACGAGUCCAUCCCGGUGGCGCAAUACGAUCGUCGCAUGGAUAUGGUGCUCUUGCCAGACGAAAGUAUUGUAGUCAGCAAAGAAAAGGACACUACGACUGAUAAUAAGGAAACGUAG